GCAUCAGUCAGCUGGUUUUUGUUUUGCUCAAACUGAACACUGUGCGUGUCAGCAACUGGACGUUGUUAAUCGAGCAUGUAAUAAUAAUAAUAACCUUAAAAACAAUAAUUAGUUGCCCAACAUGUAAUUUUCUUUGAAAGCAAAACUGCCACAAUUUAUUGACAUAUACUAGCCAAGCGUCAGUGCUGAGUGGGGCAGUUUUGGGAUGAUCGAACCGAUCCCAGAGUUCCGAACCGGAGAGAAGGUGCGAAGAUCCGGUUCUUCCCCAAACAGGCAGAGUUCUGAUGGAUCUCCGGAACUCCAGAGACUCUUCUGCGCUUCCUUCAACCAGGACACAACGUCUUUGGCUGUUGGUGGUAAGAAUGGCUACAGGCUUUUCUCUCUGUCCUCUGUUGACAGAAUGGAUUGCAUUCAUCAAGGAGUCGAGAGCCCUGAUGUGUGUGUGGCGGAGCGGCUCUUCUCCAGCAGUCUGAUGGUGGUCGUGAGCAGAUCUACUCCGUUCCGGAUGAACAUCUACCAUUUCAAGAAGGGCACAGAGAUCUGUAACUACAGCUACUCCAACAACAUCCUCGCGGUCAAGCUCAACCGUCAGAGACUCGUAGUGUGUUUGGAGGAGGCCUUGUACAUCCAUAACAUCAAGGACAUGAAGCUCCUGAAGUCUCUUCUCAACACGCCACCAAACCCCAAAGGUCUCUGCGCAUUAUCUGUCAAUCAUUCCAACUCAUACCUGGCGUAUCCUGGGAGCUUCACCGCUGGAGAGAUUACUCUGUAUGAUGCUGUGAAUCUGAAUGAGGUGACUGUGAUCUCUGCCCAUGCCAGUCAUGUGGCCGCCAUCUCAUUCAACGCUUCAGGAACCAGUCUGGCCACUGCUUCUGAAAAAGGCACUGUUAUACGAGUCUUCAGCGUACCUGACGGAGACAAACUGUUUGAAUUCCGCAGAGGGAUGAAGAGGUAUGUCAGCAUCAGUUCCUUGUCGUUCAGUGCCGACGCACAGUUUCUAUGCGCCUCCAGUAACACAGAGACUGUUCAUAUCUUCAGACUGGAGCAUCAUAGACCCAGUCAGGAGUCUCCAUCAUGGUCUGGAUACAUGGGGAAGAUGUUUUCUGCCGCCAGCACUUACCUUCCCUCUCAGGUGUCGGACAUGAUGCAUCAGGACCGAGCGUUUGCUACCGUUCGCCUCGGCGCGGCAGGCAUGAAGAAUAUAUCCGCUCUCUCCAUGAUCCAGAAGGUUCCACGUCUUCUGGUGGCUUCAUUAGAUGGUCAUCUCUACAUCUACAAUGUAGAUCCGCAGGAAGGAGGAGACUGUCCUUUAGUCAAGAAGCACAGACGACAAGGAUUUCAAAACGAUCCCGUUCACACGGAUCCUCGAAAACGACUAAAAUCGCUGUAUUCUGCUGCCAGACUGUACGAAAGUGCUGAUGAAGGUCCAGCGGCGUCGGAGCUCGAGGUCGGAAGUCCAUCCUACGCAGCAACUGUUGCCACGAGCAGGAAUCAAGACUCUCCGUCCUCCAGCUCCCUCACGGGAUACUCUGAGGAUGGAGGAGCGAAGAGAGGAGAGCUGAUCCCAGAACACGAGUUUGCGGACGGACCGCUGCGUCUGGAUGACGAACAGGAGUUUCCUCCCGUUAGCUUUCGGGACACCUGAAGUCCUUCUCCAUCUUCAUGUUCCUAUUUCAGUCAGGUCUGACUGCCAGCAGGUGGCGUCGCUGAGAGAUGCAGAUCAUUGUAUGCAGUUAUACACAAAAUCAUGUUCAUCAUUGAAAUAAAUAAGAGGCUGAUGUAGAACAAUCCCUUCACCUUGUCUGUGAAUGCAGAACUGAUGAUAUACUUUCACUCGAAAAGGAGUGAAACUGAUUUUGAAAUUCAUCGUUUGAAAUUUGUAUAAAAAAAGCAAUUUACCUUCAGUAUUAGUAAGAGUAGAAACAUCUACAGUAAAAGUUGUAUUAAAUCCACCAUGUCGAAACAUUUCAGUGUUGACCAGAUUACAGUAGUUUUAGGGUUUCAAUUUCCAUAUCUGGAAAGCUGGAAAAAGUGUUCGGAAUGAUUUCACAUGAUACGCAACAAACCAUAUCCUUUAAUUAGUCAGUAUUACACUUAUGAAAUAAAGUUGCUGAAAUGAAAA